CCUUCUUAUUUUUUUCCAUCCGCAUCCGAAAGAAAAGGGAAGAUAAUAUUCCUCUCUUCUUAUUUUUUUCCUCUCACCUUUUCUUCUCUCAAAACAUCUCCAACAGUCGGAGAAGCGAAUUCGAGCGGAGUCCCCCUCAUUGUCCACCGUCAGAAAACACCGCAACCGCCUGGGGAUUUUUCUAUCGAACCUUCACAAAACCCUCCGCCCCACACACCUAGCCGCCCGUCCUCUUCACGCGCCGAUUGCGACUGGCCCAUCUUUGUGGCGACUGCUCGAGACUACAGCGAGACCUUGGAAUCCGAUCGGUUCAUGUGCGGUCCAAAGGCGACAAUCCCUGCUGGGUUCAGUGGGUCUGUAGAUGCUGCGUCGUUGUUGGAAUUUGUCGAUGUUGGUCAUGAUUUGAUUCUUGCUGCUGAUGCAUCAGAUCCAGUAGCUCUGGUGAUUAAUCACAUGAGUUAUGCAGUUUCAGAGACUGAAGGGGAUCAUACUUUGAUGGCUAGCGGUCAUUUAAUUCAGUCUGAGGCUAUUCUGGGCAGCAUAAAAAUUGAGGGGAGGGAAGCUGUUGUACCCGAUGUCCUUGGGCUCUCAUCGAACCGUGGCAAAGUCAGCUUAGCCUUUCUCCGGUCAGCUGAAAUAGCUUAUCGAGAAUUGAGAAAUGCAGUGGAUUUCAAGAAGCCCGUUUAUUUGGAAAAUUUGAAUGUUUUCUCUUUGUAUCUUGGACUAGGUUGUUGAAUUUUUGUGUGCCUGUAAGAUCUAAUGUUUUGUGCAAAUUGCUAGGUCAUUGCAUUUUUUCUAACUUGGCACAUGAGUUCGUUUCAUAUCGAAAUAUUGUGGGCUUAUUUUAUAUUUAAUUACCCACAGGGCCUUUAUUAUACAACUUUCAAGGUUAUGGUAUUUUCAAUUCAAUGGUGUUUUCAAUUCAAGGUUGAGUAUCAGAGAAUUGGGUACACAAGCUUAAGCCCAUCGCAACAUGUAUGAGAUAAUCUAAUAUGAAAUAGAUGAAGAGAUUCAUUCUAUUUUACCUCAAUGUUUUGUACAUAUGAGAUUAAUGACAAUAAUUUGAGUUCAAUAUGAGAAAGAGGCAAUGCGUUUUUGGUUUGUCGUUUUGGGUUGGG